UGAAAGAUUAGGACGGAGUAUUUUCAAUAUUGGUACACCCCGUAUACUUUGAUUUAAUUUGAGAAAGCUAAAAUGUUGGUUCCCUUCCCCCAUAGGCCAGUUUAUACUAGUAGUAAUUAAGUAGUCAUUCUUAAAUUAAAUCUGAAAAAGAAAAAAGAGUCUGAGAGGCACGUGCCGGAGUGGUACAGUAAAGGCAUAAAGGGAGUUCAGGUCAGAAAUCUGUGAGAUCCAACGACCAUAUCUUCCCGUCAAUAGCGGAGAAGGGUCUGAUCCAACGGCUGAGAUAGAAUUGGAAAUACUGUGCGUCAGAUGUGCAUCCAACGGUCCUUAAUAAGUCCUAGUAUCUCCAAUUUCCGCAUAGGAAUAUAUUGAUAAUAUAAAUAGAAAUAAACAAAGAAAAGGCUCCCAAUGAAUAGUUGAGGUUUGAUUUCACAAAUUUCAUUUCAAAACCAUCUCUCUUCUUUCUCUGCUCUUUUUCCUUUUUUUUUUCUUUUUUUUUAAUUGCAGAAAUAGUUCGUUCGUCGCAGUAGGAUUGUUGGUAUGUCGCCGGGCGCCGUGAGCAGCAAAGCGUACGUGAAGCGAAUCUCCAGAUACCGGAAAUAGGAGAGUCUCUCUCUCAUUAAUACAAGUAGUAAUUAAAAUUGGAUUUGUGUUUAAAUUGAAGAAGGAGAAAGAUGGAAGGUGGUCAAGGGAAGCUGACUCGGACACAGUCAUCUCUACUCCGGUCAUCUCCAACCAUUCGAUCGUCGAUUCAAAGUCUGUCGUCGAUUGCAGAUAUGUCGGAAUCGGAUGAACCUGAAAGAAAACUACACAAGUCGUCAUCAACAUCAUAUAACCGGAACCCUAGUGGUAUUAGUAUUACUGGUAUUACUAGUUCCAAAACUAAUACUGCUCUCCUCACCUUUUCCGUUACCCUCCUACUCAUCUUCAUUUACCUUCAAACUGAUCAUAUUACUACCUCUGAGAAUCUAUUGUUUGCCCUCAUUUUUAUCGCACUUGCCCUUUUUUACCUGGCUAAGAACCGGGAUUUCUUAGACCGCUCCAAAUCUGUCAUUAGGAACUUGUGCAGACACCACCACCACAAUCACAGGAAAGGGUCCUCCGUGGAGUGGUACAUCGGGGAUGAAUCCGGGGAAAGAGAUAGCCUUGUUGAUUUCAAAAACAAACAAAAAAUGAGUGCGUUCAAGGAAGGUUUUGAGCUUUAUAGCAAUGGUGAUUUCUACGAAGGUGAAUUUCACAAGGGUAAAAGUAAUGGAAGCGGUGUUUACAAUUACUUUGUGAAUGGGAGGUACGAAGGAGAUUGGGUAGAUGGUAAGUAUGAUGGUUACGGAAUAGAGAGUUGGGCGAGAGGGAGUAGGUAUAGAGGUCAAUACAGAGGUGGUUUAAGACAUGGUUUUGGUGUUUAUAGGUUUUAUACAGGUGAUACUUAUGCUGGUGAGUGGUUUCAUGGUCAAUAUCAUGGUCUUGGCCUUCAGACUUGCUCUGAUGCUAGCUGCUAUCUUGGCCAUUUCAAGUUUGGGGUUAAACAUGGCCUUGGCUGUUACCAUUUCAGAAAUGGCGAUAGAUAUGCAGGGGAAUAUUUUGGAGACAAAAUUCACGGCUUUGGUGUCUACCACUUUGCUAAUGGCCAUUGUUACGAAGGCUCUUGGCAUGAAGGCCGUAAGCAAGGCUUUGGGAUGUACACCUUCCGGAAUGGGGAAUCCAAAUGUGGUGAAUGGGACAACGGUUCCCUCAAAACCCCCUUACCCCCACUAACAGAUUCAGUCCUACGAGCUGUUCAGGCAGCUAGAAAAGCAGCUGAGAAUGCAAUUAACCUAAGGCGGGUGGAUGAACAAGUGAACAAGGCAGUGAUGGCUGCUAAUCGAGCUGCCACUGCUGCUAGGGUAGCUGCUGUUAAAGCAGUUCAGAAUAGAAUGGAUGGAAAAUCUUAUGAUACAUAUGUGUAAAAUAGGCAGGCAAAAAUUGCUUUGCCCUGAGAAAAUGUAAAUUUUUGCCAAAAUUUUCUUAACUACUGAUGGAAACAAAAAUGGCUGACCCUGGUAAGCACAAGCUAGCCGGAGGUUGAGAUUAGAUUUGAGGGGUGAUUUUUUUUUUUUUUUUUUUUUUUUUUUCUUUUCCCUUUUAUUUCUUAUGACCUACACUCUGUAACAUGUACAUAAAUUUGAAAAAUGUAGAUUAAAAGGAAGCUGAAUAUAUCAGGGUUUAAUUCUGUAAUGUCUGCCCAACCUCGUCCAUCUCUGGAAGAUAAAUGGAUAAGUAUUACGGAGUGCUCGUA